AAUGUGAUUGCCAAGCUAAUUGUUUUGCAGGCAAUUGUUGACCCUCACAGUGGUAGAUCUUUUAAUCGCUAUAUGGGUGAGCUGUUUUUUGCGCCAUUUAGGGAUGCUAUGCGGAAAAAGUAUAAUUGUGGAGAAAAAGAAGCAUUUUAUUUGGCUAGACCAAUUUACCAAGUUUGGGAGAAAUACCUUCAAGAUCCUGAUUGGCGCCCGUUAAAAGUAGUUCAUGUUGACGGACAACCAAAGGAAAUAAUAGAUGAGGACGAUCCAAAGUUGAAAAACUUAAAGAUUGAAUAUGGCGAAUCGGUGCAUGAAGCUGUGACCGAAGCUUUAACCGAGAGAAUGCAGUACAAUCCCGUAGAAAGACGCGGUGUAGAAUUUCUUUGGGACCACGAGGAGAAUAGACGUGCUACAGUAGGUGAGGCAGUUGCGCAUAUAGUGCAACUACUGCAAGAUUAUUGGGAAGAAGAAUGAUGUUUUUGUCCAAGAAGGCCAUAACAAUUCAUAUAUCUACCACAAGCAAUAAGAGAAAGUAUAGAAAGGAGUCCAGAAACGUAGAAGCAGAAACGGCAGAAACCAAAACAGAGUUUGUCAGCUCUUUAUUGAUGGAGAUUGGAGAGCACCAGUAAACAGAAUACCGCGCCACGGAACAGAUCAUUAUCCAUAUGGUUUCCAUGCUUAGACCUUUAUUGAUGAUGCUAUUUUAGAUCCUUUUACAUGUCCUCUACAAUCUCCAACAAUACAGAGAGCUAGCUCGCUAACUGGUAGUUUCGAUUUUUUCUUCUUUAUUUAUAGAUGACUCCUUUCAACUCUUUGUCUGUUUGGUUUGCAUCUUUUGUAAUCUUCUUUCUCCCAUUUGUCACCGGCAUGUGAUUCGACAUCAUUCACCAGAUCGACCAACCCAACAUGGUGCCACCUUGUUACACAAAAAUGUGAAUUCAUUUUUUUCUGUUUUUUAUGUACUAUAGCAAGUAUAAAAUAUGAUCAAAGUUAUUAUUAAUUGUACCAUUGGUCUAAAAG